AUGUCAAAGCCAAGGCUGAGGAGGAAGGCUUGGUCUUUGAUCCCUACCAAGAUGGUUCCUAUGUGCGAUGUCAGCGGAAGUAUGUAUGGAACUCCAAUGGAGGUCGUGAUUGCUCUUGGUAUCGGAAUCUCGGAAAUUACCCACGAAUCCUUUCGCAACACGGUUCUGACUUUUGACGCCACUCCGCAAUGGUUCCGAUUGGAGGAAGGCGACACCAUUGUGGACAAGGUGCGAAAGUUGGGGGCUGCCCCGUGGGGAAUGAACACGGACUUUGCCAAGGCCUACAACCUCGUGUUGGACGUUGUCGAAACGAACAAGCUUAAGCGCGAGAACAUGCCGUGCCUCAUUGUCUUGUCCGAUAUGCAAUUCGAUCAAGCUUGUAUUGGAAGCCCUAUCACAAUGUUCAAACACAUCAAGAUAUCGGUCAAGAGGGUGGCCAACAAGCUUGGAUGGGAGGAUGAUGCUCCAUCUGCCAUUGUGUUUUGGAACUUGCGAAACACUGGGGGGCACCCAGUGGACAAGGAUGCUGAGGGGGCUGUGAUGUUGGGUGGGUUUUCUCCCUCCCUCCUCAAAAUGGUGAUGAAUGGGGAAGCUCUAAAUGAGGAGGAAGCGGAGGGUGUACAAAAGGAUGGCACAGUCAAGGACAAAAAGGUUCGUGUGACACUCCUCGAGCAAGUGGUGAAGAAGAUGCUCGAUGACUCAGUGUACGACCGUCAGAAGUUUUCUUGCACCUCUUCGUAA